AUGUCAGAAGAAGCCGAGAAAUUGCAAAAUUUGAAGCUUGAAGAGCAAAAAAUAGAAGAAGAAGGAAAAGCCCAGUCAGAGGAAAUUCCGUUGGGAGAGGAUGGGUUACCUUUAUCCAAGAAAGCUUUGAAAAAGCUCGAAAAGGAGAAGGAAAAAGCUCGUAAGAAGGCCGAAAGAGAAGCACAGCUCGCACAGGAAAAGGCUGAAAGAGAAGCUCAAGCUGCCAACGACCCUGCAAAAGACAAUUAUGGAAAAUUACCUUUAGUCCAAUCCACACACAAGACAAAUGUUCCCAGAAUCAAGAUCAGUGGAUUGAGCUCGGCAGACGACGGAGAGGAGGUUGUAUUUAGAGCAAGAGUUCAUAAGACUAGACAGCAAGGUGCUACUAUGGUGUUUUUGACUUUGAGACAGCAAUCUGACUUAGUUCAGGCUUUGAUCAAAACUAAUAAAGAAACAGAUCAUAACGCAAUAUCAAAGCAACUUGUUAAGUGGGCAGGCUCAAUCAAUUUAGAAUCUAUUGUAUUAGUCUAUGGUACAGUGAGAAAAGUUGAAGAGCUUGUCAAAUCAGCAACAGUUCAGGACGUAGAAAUUCAUGUCUCAAAAAUCUUUACUAUACAAGAGACACCUGAACAAUUGCCAAUGUUGAUUGAAGAUGCUUCAAGAUCUGAUGCUGAGGCAGAGGCUUUGGGGCUCCCUGUGGUUAACUUGGAUACAAGGUUGGAUUCUAGAGUUAUUGAUUUAAGGACACCCACUAAUCAAGCAAUCUUUAGAAUUCAAGCAGGUGUAUGUGCUUUGUUCAGAGAAUUUUUACUGAAGAAAGGAUUCACUGAAAUUCAUACUCCAUGUAUUAUUCCAGCUGCUUCGGAAGGUGGUUCGAAUGUUUUUGAAGUAUCAUACUUCAAAAGGUCUGCUUACUUAGCUCAGUCUCCACAAUUUUACAAAGAACAACUAAUUGCUGCGGAUUUCGAAAGAGUAUUUGAAAUUACACCAGUUUUCAGAGCCGAAAACUCUAAUACUCAUCGUCAUAUGACUGAAUUCACGGGAUUGGAUAUGGAGAUGGCAUUUGAAGAACACUAUGAUGAAGUUCUCGAAGUAUUGUCUGAGUUGUUUAUUUUUAUCUUCACCGAAUUGAAAAACAGAUACAGCAAGGACAUUGCCACCGUUCAUAAACAGUUCCCAGUUGACGAGUUCAAAGUCCCUGAAAAUGGAAAAAUGGUUAAAAUCUCUUUCGCAGAUGGUAUUAAAAUGUUGAGGGAAGCAGGAAAGGAUGUUGAUGACUUUGAGGACUUAUCAACAGAAAAUGAAAAGUUUUUAGGAAAAUUGGUCAGAGAAAAAUACAACACUGACUUUUACAUUUUGGACCAAUUUCCCUUGGCCGUCAGACCUUUCUAUACAAUGCCCAACCCCAAAGACCCAAGAUAUUCCAAUUCAUACGAUUUCUUUAUGAGAGGCGAAGAGAUUCUUUCUGGAGCUCAACGUGUUCACGAUUCAGAAUUGUUGAAAGAACGUUUACAUGCCCAUGGAAUCGAUCCAACGGUUCCUGGUUUAUCUGAUUACGUCGACUCUUUCACGUAUGGUUGUCCUCCUCAUGGUGGUGGUGGUAUUGGUCUUGAGAGAGUUGUUAUGUUCUACUUAGAUUUGAAGAAUAUUCGUCGUGCCUCUCUUUUCCCAAGGGACCCAAGACGUUUGAGACCUUAG